GCUAGACGCGCAGUCGGGCUGGAAACGCUGCGGAGCGCGGAUACGGAGCGCGGACCACCGCGGGAGGCUUUCAAAAGGCUCUUUCUUUUUCUGUUUUGCUGCUUUCCAAAUCUUUUUUUUCUUCAACUUCAAAUCUUCAACUUAAUAUUCCAGGUGCUGACUUGCCGCUCGAUGUGAGUCCGGGGAGCCUUUCCUGCUUCAGUAGUCUACAGCAUGAGAGCUGAUCCGUUUCUCUGACCCAGAACCGGCUGGACGCAGACCGCUGAGGGCUGUGGUGGUGUGGCCAUGGAUAGAAGGAGCAUCUGUGCACUGAUGAUGCUGUGGGCCAUGGCCCAUCUCAGCUGUCCGGGGAACGGGCUCCGGGCCCUGCGGAGGACUAUAGGGGGGCGGAAGGGGUCCGCGGGACUCACGGGACAGGACGCCAACGGAGUGCCGCUCAGACGCUCUAAACGAGGAUGGAUGUGGAACCAGUUCUUUUUGUUGGAGGAGUACACCGGAUCGGACAUGCAGUAUGUUGGAAAGCUCCACUCGGACGGGGACCGAGGAGAUGGCAGCAUCAAGUACGUCCUCACCGGGGACGGCGCGGGGACCCUGUUCAGGAUCGACGAGAACUCCGGGGACAUCCACGCCACCAAGCGGCUGGACCGGGAGGAGAAGGCCUUCUACAUCCUCCACGCCAAGGCCGUCAACCGCUUCACCAACAUUGCGCUGGAGGGCGAGUCCGAGUUCAUCAUCAAGAUCCACGACAUCAACGACAACGAGCCGCGCUUCACCAAGGACCCGUACAUGGCCCAGGUGCCGGAGAUGUCCGACAUCGGCACCUCGGUGAUUCAGGUGACGGCGACAGAUGCGGACGACGCCACGUACGGGAACAGCGCCAAGGUGGUGUACAGCAUCCUGCAGGGCCAGCCGUACUUCUCCGUGGACCCGGAAACUGGCCUGAUCAAGACGGCGCUGCCCGGCAUGGACCGGGAGGUCAAGGAGAACUACCAGGUGGUGAUCCAGGCCAAGGACAUGGCGGGCCAGAUGGGCGGCCUCUCGGGAACCACCACGGUCAGCAUCACGCUGUCCGACGUCAACGACAACCCGCCGCGCUUCAGCAAACCCGUGUACGAGUUCCGGGUGCCCGAGUCCAACGAGCCGGGCUCCGUGGUGGGAGUCAUCCGGGCGCUGGACAAGGACGUGGGCGAGAACGCCGAGAUGGACUACAGGAUCGUGGGCAGCGACGGCCCCGGGGUGUUCGACAUCAGCACCAACCGGAGCAACCAGGAGGGCGUCAUCGUCCUGAGGAAGCCCCUGGACUACGAGAAGAAGCGUCAGUACAGCCUGCGCGUCCAGGUGGAGAACGUCCACAUCAACCCCCGGUUCUACUCCAUGGGCCCGUUCAGGGACGACACCACGGUCAAGGUGGUGGUGGAGGACGUGGACGAGCCGCCCGUGUUUGAGCGCGCCAGCUACAGCAUGGAGGUGAAGGAGGACGCGGCCAGGAACACGGUGGUCGGCUCGGUCAGCGCCUUCGACCCCGACGAGAAGCGCCGGCUCGUCAGGUACAGCAUCGACCGGCGCACCGACAUGGACAGGGUGUUCGACGUCCACCCCGGCAACGGCUCGCUCUUCAUCCUCAGGGAGCUGGACCGGGAGGAGCACGCCUGGCACAACAUCUCCGUCAUCGCCACCGAGUUCAACAGCCCUCGACAGCCCAGCAGCGUCCCCGUGUACAUCAGAGUGCUGGACGUCAACGACAACGCCCCGACAUUCGCCACCAAUUACGAGACCUUCGUGUGCGAGAACGCCAAGGCUAAUCAGAGGAUACAGACGGUGAGCGCCACAGACCCGGACGAGCCCCUCGGGGGACACCGCUUCUUCUUCAGCCUGGCGCCGGAGGCCGUGGGGAAGGCCAACUUCUCCGUCCGGGACAACAAAGACAACACGGCGUGGAUCCUGACGCGGAGGAACGGCUACAGCAGCCUGCAGAGGAGCCUGUACCAGGUGCCGGUGGUCAUCUCGGACGGGGAGUUCCCCAUGCAGAGCAGCACCAACACGCUCACCAUCCGCGUCUGCAGCUGCGACCGCGACGGCAACAUGAAGCAGUGCAGCCCCGAGGCGCUGACCGCCCGGGCCGGGCUCAGCACCGGCGCGCUGGUGGCCAUCCUGCUCUGCGUGCUCAUCCUGCUCAUGAUCGUGGUGCUGUUCGCCGCCCUGCGGAGACAGAGGAAGAAGGAGCCUCUGAUCAUCUCCAAAGAGGACGUCAGGGACAACGUGGUGAGCUACAACGACGAGGGCGGCGGCGAGGAGGACACGCAGGCCUUCGACAUCGGCACGCUGCGCAACCCCGAGGCCAUCGAGGAGAGCAAGCAGCGGCGGGACAUCGUACCCGAGACCUUCUACCCCCCGGUGCGCCGGCCCGCGCCGCCGCCCACCCGGGACAAUAACGGGGACGUGAGGGACUUCAUCAACCAGCGGCUGCAGGACAACGACGGCGACCCGACGGCGCCGCCCUACGACUCGCUGGCCACCUACGCCUACGAGGGCAACGGCUCGGUGGCCGAGUCGCUCAGCUCGCUGGAGUCGGUGACCACGGAGGGAGACCAGGACUACAACUACCUGAGCGAGUGGGGGCCGCGCUUCAAGAAGCUGGCGGACAUGUACGGCGGCGACGACAGCGACAAGGAUUCCUAACGAGGAUGGAAACGUUUAAAAGAAAAAGAAAACGACAAAAAAAAACAGACUUAAGGGCGGUUGUGGCGGCCGGACGCAGGGACUUCCCUCCACCGCCCCCGACUCCCUCCAGCGACCAGACGUAGGCUUCGUGUCCAGUCAGUCAGUGUUAGUUGCGUUUUUUCGAGAGGACAAAGUAAAAAAAAAAACUAAAAAGACAAAAAAAAAAAAGACUUUGUGUCAAGACUUUUUCUUGUGUGUUUAUGGGAUGUACAAGGAGCCCAAAUAUAUCUAUUCUGAUGUUUUGUUUUCUCCAGAGCUGCCUGUGACGGACUGACUCCAGCAGCUCUGCAGAGCAACAGAUAUGCCUACCGUAUGUAUUUUUCAGUGUUUCUGGGACAAGAACAUGCUGCAUAUUGUGACUUCUAUCUUAGCUUGUGUGUGUGCGGUAAUACGAAACAAUACGCUGUACAGUUGUCUCUCUUUUUUCUAGGGCUUUCUAUCUUUCAAAUGACCUUCUCCUCUUCAGUGACGGCCGCCUCACAUUAAAACACUUCCCCACAGUUCGUUUCGAGUCACGAGAAAAGUGUCGGGAAAACGCCGGGCGCCCUUUUUGUAUUAGUUGUGGCAGCUGUUGGAAAGUCUAGCGUAGCAGUGUGGCUCCGAGGCGAGCCGAACUACCAAAUAUUUCCACGCCGAUGUGAAUGUUGUCGGAGAGAGUGCAAACGUCCGGGGAGGAAACCGCCAGCCUGGCCAGUCCGUUUCCUCCGGGUUCGGCUGUGAUUAGUGGGGUGGGCUUGCACCAAUCAGAGACGCAGGCAGAGUGACAUAGGCAGAGCUGCAGGUAGAUUAGUUUCGACAAAAUAGUGGGCUCGGUACGUUCUGUACCGGGGAAUGCAUGGCUGGCCAGGCUGGAAAACACUGGUCUCUUUGGACAUUUUAGUUGUUGUUUUGGGGGGAAAUGUGAGCUGAAGCCACAUUUCCAGCGUCAGUAACCAUCAAAAGUCAUGAUCCAUUCUUUUCUUUCUUUCUUCAAGACAUGAAGGUAAAGUAACAUUUGAAUCAUUGUUUCAACAGAAAUACUGAACAUUUCCUCACAAACUCAAAAUCGUUGCCUUAUUUAAAAAAAGAAACUAAAGGAUGAAAUCCUCUCAAAAACGCUGCAGACCGCACCAACUCUCUCGGGAUGAAACGUCUAAACGCAGCACGUUGGUUUCAGAACGUCACAGAAAACGUAUAAACGUUGAUUUUUCUUCCUCUUACGAGAAAAUCUUGAUGGUGUCGUGAGGGGCUCGGACCCGCCGGCUGGAAUGUGAAGUGAAACAGCAGAGAUGUGUUUUACCUGCUCGCUCCUUUGAAGAGUCGUCGUCCACUCGAGUCCGGAAACCGCAGCUGCAGAAUCUGCGGGGGGAGAAUCCAACGCCGAACUGGAGGUUUUUCCUUCGGAGAGGCAGACUUCCGGCGGUUGUUGUGUAGAGACUUAACGGCUGUGAACUCGGGUCGUUCUGACCUCAGAAACAGUCCUGGAACCAUUCAAAACUACGCUACACAAACAUCUGCAAUUUCAGCUUAUGUUGUGCAGUUUCACAUGAUGCACGCCAGUCGCCAGAUGUUGAGAACCGUUCUUCCUUGCGUUGACCACUAGGGGGCCUGUGGCGUGUUUCGUGCAAACUUAGUCCCGACGCCUGGAAACAUCGGGCACCGAUGUCUAUGCACCAUCUGGAAUCUCAGUUUCACAUGAUGGCGCAGCCCUGCAAUCCCUCCCUUUGACCACUAGGGGGCCUGUGUCGUGUUUCGUGAGAAUACACGGUGGUGCUCGUGGAAACGAGGCGUCACAGUUGUCGCGGUCUCACCCAGCCUCCGCGGAGGCGUUGUAAAACUCCUGAACUCCUCCGGCAGCCGCGUCGCCAGAUCGUGAGCAAACAGCCCUGAGACAAAGGCGGGGGUCGGGUGGCGAGGUCAGAGGUCAAUCUGACAUUUGUCAGACAUCAGUAAUGAAGGACAUAACUGCCUCCUCUCCCUCUCCCUCUCUCUCCCUCCAUCGUCGGCGGCGCCGCGGGCCAUUAAACCCGCCGGCUGAUUGCGCCGCGGCCGGAGCUCCCUUUAUGCCACCGCGUACACGUGUUCUCUUGUUUUGUUUACGAGCUGCUGCAGCUGCCGUCGUGCGAUGGGUCACUUCCAGGCCGCCGCCGCGGCGGCGCUGCGAGACGCAUUUAAUGAAAACGAUAAAAACCUUUGCUGUGAGGAAUCAGUUCCACCGCGUUUUAGUUUCCACAUUUGACCGUCUUCAUGGGCGUCCCGGUCCCCGGCAGGCACCACGUGUGAGUGAGUGCGAGUGUGUGUGUGUGUGUGUGUGUGUCAGGCACCUCCACGGCCUCCGAAGUCCAGUUUCUCCAGAUGCAGUAGAGCUGUGGUGUUGGUGUGUAGUCGCGGCCGGCCUCGGCACCGGUGCUGCAGGUGGGAGGGGCCCCGACGGCGCCGGCCGCUCAUCCACCUGCUUUGUAAACCGUGAUAUUUUGUACUGAAUAUUUAUAUGACACGAUUAAACAUCUUUA